CCGUAGAGUCCCCAGUAGUGUCAAACUCGACAGUUGAAUUCAAGUAUUCAACUAUUCAAUUAUUACCCUCCUUAAUCUCAGCCACUCUUAUAGAGUUUUGCACUCACCCUCAACUGUCACUAUGGGACUUUGCUCCUUCCUCGAUAAGGAUUUUCUCUUCAUUAAGUUGUACAUUUAUAGUAGUCCUGGGAAAGAAUGAAAUUAAUCAAAUUCCUGGGAACUCCCUUUGACAAGCAGGCACUCAUUAUUGAUUUUAAAGGCUACUUCCCGAAUAAUCUCUGGGAAUUCCCUAUAAACUUCCUCUUAAAUCCUUGGGAACUCUACAGGAAAGAAUGAACUAAGGUAUCUAAGAAAUAUUUGUUGUGAAAUCUAAAGGGUAUUGCUCCAUGGGGAUGUAUAUCUGGUGUUGAACAACUUGAUGUUCAUGGAACAAAUGUUAUUUAUAAUAAAUCAAAAAGUGAUGAAAACGAUGAAACACCUCUUGAACCAAAUCAUACACAUUUUACUUUUAUUGAUGAUGGAACUAAACAUCAAUAUGGAGGAGAAAAUGAAUUUCGUGCUCAAUUUGAAAGAGCGAUUUCUGGAGAAUCAUUUUCAUUACAAAGUACAAUAAAUAAUAAUCAAAUGAAAGAUAAAUCAAGACAAUCAGAUAGUAUACCUGUUGUUCUUGUUGUUAUUGACGGUGAACUUGAGACAAUUAAGAAAGUUCAUGAAAGUGUUAUUAAAAAUAAAAUUCCAGUUGUUCUUCUGGCAGGCACUGGUGGUUGUUGUGAUUUAUUUGCUAAAUGUUAUCAAUUAUACAAUGAAUAUCAUCUAACAUUGAAAUUACCUGAUCAAACAAAUUCUAGUGAAGAUUCGUCAUCAUUAAAGGAAAAAAUUGAACAGAUAAAAAAUAAACUUCGUGAAAAAUUACAGAUUAUUGAUAAUAAAUUAAAUAUAGACUCGUGCAUCAAUUUACUGGAUAAAAAUACUGGAAUAGAUUAUUUUGAAUUAAUUUACGAAUGUAUUGAUAAACGAAGUAUAUUUUUAAAUUUCGUCGACUUAAAAGUGCAUAAUUAUGUUGAAACAGAUAUUGAUUUAGCUAUUUUACAAGCACUUCUAAAUGGUAAGAAAAAAUAUUAUCAUUGAAA